AUGAAACUGCUCCACUACUGUAAAGUAUUGUUAUUUUCCGUUCCAUUAAAUAUAUUGGUGCAUAAUAAAAAUAAAUCAUACAUCACACCACAAAAUACACGAAAUACUAGGUUAUUAUGCGAGUGUGAAUUAUAUACAUCCAUUUAUGAUAAUGACACCGAAAUGAAAGCCGUGAUGGGAAAUUACAAUCAACAAACCUCACAACGUUUUGAAGAAUACAAUAAACGUAUGAACAAAAACAGACAAAAAUGUAAAGAUGAAUGCGAUAAAGAAAUACAAAAAAUUAUUUUAAAAGACAAAUUACAAAAAGAAUUAAUGCACAAAUUUGCCACACUACACACAGAUAUACAAAGUGAUGCUAUUCCAACAUGUGUUUGCGAAAAAUCUUUAGCAGAUAAAGUGGAAAAAACAUGUUUGAGGUGUACACAAAAUUUGGGAGGGAUAGUUGCACCCUCUUCAGGAGUAUUAGCAGGAAUUGCUGAAGGUGCACUAAUUGUGUGGAAACCUGCGGCAAUUAAGGCUGCUAAGGCUGCUAAGGCUGCGGCCGCUAAAGCUGCGAGUGAUGCUGCUACGCAAGCUGGUAUUGAAGCUGUCAGACUUGAAAUUAAUAAAUUGUCUGUCUAUUUUAAUGGAACAACAGGAUUUGUUGAUUUGACACCAAUUGUUACUUCAUCAACAUAUGAUAAUGGUCUUGUUCUAGUUGAAUGUGCCAAAAAACUAAUAGGUGAUUUGUCUUCGAAUGGAAGAGGGGGAUAUACUGGUUUUUAUAAUACGGCAAUACACACGGAGAGUGGUGAAUUGUACGUUGGGAAUUUCGGAGGAAUUGGUAAGGCUGCACAUGAUGCAAAGUUGGCAUCCGAAACAACAGCACUUACAGAAGCAAAAGUGGGUGCAGUAGACACUACAUAUGGUGGUUUCCAGACUUAUAUAACUGCUUCUGUUAUUGCAAUAGUGGUCAUAAUUUUAAUUAUGGUGAUAAUAUAUUUAAUUUUACGUUAUAGAAGAAAAAAAAAAAAUGAAGAAAAAACUCCAGUACAUAAAAUUAUUAGAAGAAUAAAUAUAAUGUGUUUGGCAUUCUUCAUAGAUAUUUUUGUGUAUGAAAUAUUAUUAGUUUAA